UGAGUCCAGUUGUUGAAUAAACAAAAAUGUUGCAUAACAUUAUUUUUCAUUCAAAUCAAAAUUCAUUAGUGAUUUCAUUUAAUUUUCAUUUUAUUCGAGUCGUGGAAUUUUUAUCAGUUUCUCCCGGUAUUUGAUUACUCGGUUUUAUAACUAACGCGCGUGAAUUCUGGUGCAGCAAUUACAAUUAGAGUAUACGUUUACUAUAGUGUACAUUCUUGCAGUGUACCUUUGAUAAGGUAUAAAAAGAUUUACCGCUCGUCGACUCAGACAACUCCACACUUGUGUGACUGACCCAGUCAUCCGUGGGAAAUUAUUCCUGGAUUUGAAUUAGACGCCAUCGGACACACGAGUUUAAACUAUUCCGAUGCUUGAACACUAUUUGGCAGUACCACAAAUCCGAAGACAGAGCCCCGAGGGCAACUAUAUGAUGUGAGAAAGAGAGAAUAUUUAAUCGUUGAGGAAGUGGGCGUGGGGUGUUGGCGAUGGAGUCGGGACCAAAACAAGGGAUCUGUCCCACCACUGGACAACCAACGAGCAUCACAGGUGGACAGUGUCAAAUACCUCAGGUCCAAGAUUCAGCCAACGAAGCUGGACCCGUUGAGGAUGGUGUACUACUUGCUCGUGUUCACGUACCCGAAUUGUACGUCAGCAAGUGUCUUCAAUUCCCCAAGGAUCAACUCGUGUGGGAUGUUAAGCAGCAGUGCCUGGCAUCCUUACCAAAGGUCGCCACUUGGUACAGGGAAUUAAAGGAGAGCUUCAACUACGGCCUGUUUUGUCCGCCAGUAAACGGAAAAGCUGGAAAAUUUCUGGACGAGGAACGCCGCCUUGGGGAUUAUCCCUUCAACGGACCAGUCGGCUACUUGGAGCUGAAAUACAAGAGACGGGUCUACAAGAUGCUUCACCUCGACGAGAAGCAGCUCAAGGCGAUGCACACGAGAACAAACCUGAGGAGGUUACUGGAGUAUGUAGCCAAUAGUCAAGUCGAGAAGAUAGCUAAAAUGUGUAGCAAGGGAUUGGAUCCUAAUUUCCACUGCCAGGAAACUGGAGAAACUCCGUUGACCCUAGCGACAGCACUGAAAAAACCAUCAAAAGUGAUAAUAGCUCUGGUUAACGGUGGUGCCCUAUUGGACUAUCGAACAAAAGAGGGUCUCACGGCGAUGCACCGUGCCGUCGAGAGGAACAGCCUCGAGGCCGUUAAGACUCUACUUGAGCUCGGUGCAAGUCCAAAUUACAAAGACACCAAAGGUCUAACUCCUCUCUACUACAGUGUCAUUUAUAAGACAGAUCCAAUGCUGUGUGAAACACUUCUCCAUGAUCAUGCGACAAUUGGUGCUCAGGAUCUUCAGGGAUGGCAGGAGGUUCAUCAGGCAUGCCGUAACAAUCUCGUACAACACCUUGAUCAUCUUCUUUUUUACGGUGCCGACAUGAACGCCCGCAAUGCAUCAGGAAAUACACCGCUCCAUGUGUGCGCUGUCAACAACACUGAUGCAUCUUGCAUACGCCAGUUACUGUUCCGUGGAGCUCAAAAGGACAGCUUGAAUUAUGCGAAUCAAACCCCCUACCAGGUUGCUGUAAUUGCUGGUAACAUGGAGCUGGCGGAAGUUAUCAAGAAUUAUCAGCUUGAAGAAGUCGUACCAUUUAAAGGACCACCACGCUACAACCCGAAGAGACGAUCAGUUGCAUUUGGUGGAAUGACAACAAGCUGUUCAGCAAGUAAUUUGGGGACACUCACGAGGAUACCCUCGGCCAUUGACACACCCUGUGGUACAUUAACAAGAACAAUAUCUGUUGAUCAGUACUCAUCAUCAGCAACACUCAGUAGACUGCCCAUUAGUGAAAUAAGCAAUACCAGCAGUUUGAGUAGGACAACCUCCACUGAUAAUCGUAACUCAUGUGCAUCGAUCAGUCGAGUUAUCGAGCAUUAUGCUGGAAUGAGCGAAACACAUCACAGCAGUUUAAAUCGUGUACCGUCCAUUGAAUCAAACCGACCUGAAUGUGGAAAUUUACAGAGAAUACCGUCCGAACAGCAGUUAUCAGGGGUUAAGGGACAUCAGUUGAAUACAGGGAUCAGCAGAAAUGAACAUCUGCAAAAUAAUAUAAAUCGAUUGCCGUCCGAAUAUCAAACGCCAGCAUUGAGGGAUCCAAAUCCGAGAUCACCAAAUGUCGAGCACUAUCAAAACUUGAGAAUAGAGGGUUUGACGAGACUCCAGGAGCAUCGUAUCGAGCUUCAGCACAGACUUGAUAUCCACGGUCGUACCAUGGAUAUGCCACCGUCACCAUCUCCAAGCAGUAGAAGUCUAGCACCAUUCAGCUCAGCCAGCUCCAGCAUGUCUGAAGGUAGCAAUCAGCCGUCCGGUGAGGACUCUGCCAGCAUCGUCACAGAUAAAAGCCUGGGCGACACAGCAUCGGACGUCAUUAGCGACAGCUCGGGUGUCGGUACAUCGCAGUCAGACACGACAAACUCACUCUCCAUUCCUGGGACAACGGUUGUCUGCGUUGAGAGUUAUAGCAGUGGAAUUGCUGGACAUCUGGCCAUCAACCAGGGCGACAUUCUUGAAGUCACUGGAGCGACAGAUUGUGGACUGCUGGAGGGCGUGCUCCGGGGUCAAGGGACAGGACUAUUUCCCGCUCAUUGCGUCCAAGAAGUGAGGCUUCGACAUACCAAUAUUCCAUUGGGCCACCAGCUGGCCCGUGAGGGUCGCAACAGAGUCCUGGGACGAAGGGAGUCCCAGCACAAAUAUUUCGCCACGGCGCCGAGAUUAAAGAAGCCAGUUUCGAUGUGCAGUGUGACAUCGGAACCCCGCACGGUAAUCCUCCACCGUUCUAGAAAGGGAUUCGGUUUCAUUUUACGCGGUGCAAAAACGACACCAUCAAAUUUCCUAGGACUAACCCCAGCAGCUCAGUACCUCGACGACGUCAGUCCCGGAGGUGUUGCUGACUUGGCAGGCCUUCGCAAGGGCGAUUUUUUAAUACAAAUAAAUAGCGAAGAUGUGACGACAGCUUCUCACGAACAUGUAGUUGAUCUAAUAAGAAAAUCAGGGGAAUUAGUGAGAAUGACAGUAGUCUCUCCAGUGGUGAGUCUUCCAAAUUCACAAUCGGCAGCAGCUCUGCCGACUAGUCAACCAAAUCAAAGGCAGUACGCAACAUUGCCAAGAAAAGGUAGCAAUAAUGUGCCGAUGAGUGGUACCCUGGGCCGGUCUCCAGCCCCAAUGCCACCAAGAAGAGAUCCUAAGACAACUCUGAGUGUUGGACGAGCUCGUGCACGUUCCAUGGUGGCAGGACUUGAGGGUGGGGGAGAAAAGGAUGACCGAGAUGAUAUUGGUUCGACUGGAGGUAAAUCCAGCAGCGCUGAAUCCAUUCACAUGCCUCAGGGCACAUCAACAGGACCAAAUACUGGGCAAAAUACGCCUGUUCAGCCCAGAACUGCCAGCAUUAGAUCUCGCCCCACAUCCAGCAGAAUUACAGCUGCUGAACUUCAGGAAUUGUUUCAACGGCAGCAGGGAAGUGUCACCAGCCAGUAUGGCAACACCAUGAGUUCUCACUUUCAGAGUGGCACGACUACCAAGUCACAUCCGUCAUCACCAGCUAAAACGGGAAGGGUCUACGCUAGCGUCGCUGAGAUGAAACGAAAGGGCAAAUCAAGCUCCAGAGUGCGCUUCUUCGGUGGUCUGGGCGGGGGUUCUGAUCUCCAUCGCGACUUCCACAGCACUCCAGAUCUUAAUAUUCAAGGACAAUCGGCAGUACUUGCUCCUAAGGGGCAUCGCAGUCAGGAGGAUGUGAAUGCUCUCGGUGGUAGGAAUGGUUUACCACCACCCAAUCAUCCUCCACCACCUCCACCAGUCGGUCAAGUUAUUAAAGUCAAUAUUGGUGCCAAUGUACCAGAUGUUGUUACUCCAGCCUCAGUGUAUGAUAACAUGGCGCAUAUACAACAAGUCAAAGAAUUGGCCGCAGCAUCACUGGAGAGUAAUUACGGUGUAAUGUCGAGCUUCCGCCCCUCAAACAGUGCAAAACUCUACGCCUCCCCGGAAGACAUGAAAACCGUUGGCUAUCGCUCGCACAGUUUGCCAGUGAAUUCAUCGAGAUCGCAUCUCCGAAAGUCCCACAGUCUCCGAACUCCCAAUAAUACGACAUUCAAACCAUCGAAUGGCCAACAACAGGCAAAUGGUGUGGGUAGUUCAAACAAUGGCUCAAUGAAUGGCAACACGGGUAAUCAGUACGCCCAACCAUUAAAGACCAAUCGAAGCCACAGUAUGACAGGUGGUCGUGAAUCAAAGAAAAAAACAAUCUCCACAAGUUCAUCUGCCACUAAUCUGUCAGGCGCAGCUGUACCCCCAAUCCCUGAGCCCGACUACAGUCUGUCAGAGUCUGAAAACGAUGAGGAUGACGAGGAGUUUGAAAUGGGAGAGGCAGAAAUAGCCAAGGAACUCGAAAAAGCAGCAGCACGCGAGAAAUUAGAGUCAACAAGGGAAACCUCUGGGAAUUCUAAUGCAUCUGGAAGUAGCUCAUCAGGCAGCAGUUCCCUCCCUCACUCAUUCAGUGUCGAAGAAAUUCAAAAAGUCAGAACUCAGUUAAAAUCCUCGAAGAGUCAUCCCAAUGAAUUUCUCCUGAGCCAACAGACUCAGCAAUUAGUGGAAGACGGUGACAACAGCUCGAGUGGUGUGAGCUCUGAUCAGGAUGUACCAGUUGGCCCUCCAACAGGCUUCGAUGAUACAUCGAGAAAUGAUAAUGCCCAGCCAAUAGUCACUGACAAGGAGAACAACUCUAAACGAAUGAAUUACAGCAGUGGAAUGCUCACGAGGCAUGCCGUUAGUCUUGCCCAAUUACCACCCCCCAUUGAAGCUGACACUGAAGAUCAGAAUAACGAUUUAUUCGUACCACCACCACCCGAAUUUAAUGCCGGACCAUCCGGCAAUGGGGAUAAUGAGCUUGUUUUUGCACCACCCCCACAAUUCUCUGAUAAUCGACAGCAGCAAAAUCGUGUUAAAAUUAUUGGAGCGAUACCAAAGGUCGGGAACAAUCAGGUCAAACCACCCACGGGACGUUUGCACAGCCAGUAAACAACUGAAAUACAAAAAAUCAGUGCGUAGAAUCUAUAUUUUUACUCCCUUCCAUUGACUUUCAUUCACCAAUUGAGACAUUGAAAAAUUACUCUUCGGUCAAUCCGGCCUAAAUAAACCGAAAAAAAAUAAUGGAGAAACCAUUAACUAUCAUGCGUAGCUCUAAGUCAUUAUUGAUCCAUUCAGUAACGAAAAAUGCGCAUGAUCGUCUCAUAAGUACGUGAGUAAAAUAAGAUACUUGUUUUGUAAUUCUUCCGUUCUUUUUUCUAUAUUUCUACCCAAAUCAAUACCUUCUUAAUCACUGUAAUAUUGGAAACAAGAGUAGUGCACUUGUAUUUAUUAUUGAGAACGAAGAAGAAAUGAAAGAAGAUGCUGGAAAAAAAAUGGAGUUCUUAUUAAUAUCAGUGUAGCUUGAUAAUCAGUGUUGUUAAAAAAAAAUAAAACAGAAAAAAUGAGUAAAAUACAGGUGGAGCUGUGCAGAGUCCCAAUGAUUGACUUUCCACCACUGUGUCCUAGCUUCAUCGAUGAUUUGUCGAUUAAACGUAUCAACAACUCACGUUGCAUCCUCUUUUAAGUAAUUUACAUUAAUUUUCUUGUAACUAGAAUACUACUACUGCUCAAAAGCCUAAUGUAAAUCUACUCACAAAGUCAUUAGAGAUUGUUGAUAAUUUUAACAAUGUAUUAUUAGUUCUUAUUAGUUUGUUAUAAGUUGCAAUUGAUACGAGAAACGAAGAUAAUCGCGAAUGAAUGUUGGCAAAUAAUAAUGAUGAGAAAAUUGCACCCACCAUAAUCGACUUGUAAGAUAGAUCGUAUUCCUUCCAUUUCUCGAUAAUGAAAGCAACCGGGCAUCUCUGGGAAACUGAGGUUUUAGAUAUUCCCAAUUGUUUAUCGACUUUAAAUGAUAAAUUAUAAACAAACAAAAGAAUUGAACGAUCAAGAUAUGUCUCGAAAGUGUUAUCAUUAAGAUGUUCUUACCGCAAUUCAUUUUAUUGUAUAUAAAGACAGAUAUUUCCUGUGGCUAUCGUGGGUGAUAUUUUUUCGGUGUAGAAUGAUUUUCUUUUCUGAAAUAAGGAGAGUAAGCUGAAACCUCUAGGCUUUCCCUCCCGAUAACAGUAUAACUACAAUUGUAUAUAUAACCAUUGCUACAUAUUUGAAAUAUCGAUUUUCAUUAAUUAGAAAAAAAAUAGUUGUUAAGAGAUAAUAAAUGAUGAAAAUGUUUCCAUUAAACAACGUCCUUCCUAAUGAAAUCGUUUCUUAAUGCCUUUUGCAAAAAUGACAAGUAAAAAAGAUAAACAAAUACAAUAUGAAUGAUGAAUCAUUGAAUUUAAAUAUUUACACAAAGUACCCGAGUAUUAAAGUAAGUCGCUGCGCAUGAGAACUCGUUGUAGAAUUCAUUCAAAGAUAGAUGUCGAUAUAGAAAUACUUGAUGCAACAGCAAAAUAAAAAAAAAACAUUGUAAUUUAAUUCUAGAAUCAAAUUCUUCCCAGUCACGUCAGUAUACAUCACCAAAAGCUAUGAGAAGAAAAAUAAAAUGAUACAUAAAUGUAUUAAAAUCACUUCCAGGUAAUCUGUAGUUACUUCAGUUUUUCCUUUUAUUUCGCUCGUUUGUGAUUACUCCGAGCUCUAUUGUGCGAUAGCGAGAUGAAAAAUAUAUAGUUGCAACAUUCCUGCCAAAAGUAUAAUGUAAUAAUAAUAUAUCGAAAUUGAAAAAGAGACAAAACGUUAAAAAAUGAUAACACGUGAAAAUGAACUUAUACUGUAUCAAUAUCAUUUUUUUGUCAAAUGUUUUUUUUUCAAAAUUCCACAUUACACCAUUAAUAGGAAAUAAAAGGUAAAAAAAAUCGGUUCCCCAUAUAGAAUUCAAUAUACUACAUUAUAAAUAUACAUAGGCAAAUGAAUGUUUGAAACGUUGAACAAAAAAAAACUAAUUGAAAACAAUUUGAUAAAUGAAUGCGAGAUAUACAAGUGAAAAUCUAUUUAUAUGAAGCACUCGUUCUUUUAUUUGGAUUUCUUAUCAGCUAAAUAUACGAAUUUACAAAGUUUUUUUCGUUUUGUACAAUUGUUCACCUCGUUUUACUACUUUUUGAGGUAGGUAUACCAGUAAUCAUAAAUGAGAUAAAUUACCACAUGAAUAACGACAUCGUCAUGACGUAAAUUGAUCUCUUGGAUUGACGAACAAUUAAAAAUCACACCAGAAUUCAUCAUGAAUACUCAAUACGAAUAUUAUAAUCACGUAAAUCCAUACCUCCGUACCGUACCUCCUAUUCUUUCCAAUUAAAAUGACUGUUAAUGUCUUUUGUAUCAUAGUUGAUUGUACUGUGCAUUACGUGAUAAAUGCAUUUUUGGACGAUGAAUAAUAACUGAUCAUGUUCA